AUGACAAACACACCUCAUAGCUCCUUGAGACCGACAAAACCCUUGCAUUCCUCGACAUCAAUCCUCUCUCCAGUGCACACGCGGCAACCUCUCCUCUUCUGCCCUCCCCCACCUCCUCCCACAGGCAAGUAAGCGAAUAGCUAACCCACAUCCAGCUUGUAAUCCCCAAACCCCACCUCGAAAAGCUCCACCAUGUGCCUGGCGCAGAACUCAGCAAGCGCCUCUCCGCCGCAAACAAGCUCUCGAUAACAGUCCUUCCAGUAGAGCACAACAUUUUACAAAAUGGGCGUGGGGCUCAUCAGCUUAUUGAUCAUGUUUAUAUUCAUAUGGUAGGUCCCCCCAUUAGGCCAUGCUCGGUGGAAGCGUUUGAAGGGCUAAUCAUUUGGUGGUGUUGCGUAGAUUCCGAAGCCGAAUACAAAGCAGGGGCUGGGGAUUGAGCGGCCAGCGCAGGCUACUGAUAUGGAUUGGUUGAAGGUGCUGUUUGAGGGAUUGAAGACGAGGAUUUAGAGGAGGCGAGGGAAUAGGGUUGAAGCAUUGCUUUUUUAAAUGUGUGGGAUACGAUCGCACCAUUCAAUUGGUUUCUGUGACAGUAGCAGAAAGUACCUGGCCUAAUAUAAAAGAAAACGGUGAAGACAG